UCACUUAUUUUUAGCCCACAAACUCCUUUUCUCAGUUCUCCGCUAUUUUUUCCAUGUCGUCAGUGUCGCCUUUUUUACUUCGCCUUUUGCUAUUAUUUUUUCUACCCUUUACUCUUACCCUUUCGUUGCGACCCAAAUCCAUCUGCCCAAGUCGCUAAUGUUGCUCCUCCUACAUUUACUCUCCCCUCUUAAUAGUCCUCUUCGUAUAAAAUACCAAAACACCCGCCCAUCACUCCUCGGAAGAAGGCUUCGUUUUUUUUACAUAGUCUUCUUAUUUUACAUCCAAAUAUUAACUUUUUUAUAAAAUAACAUUUGAAUAUUUUAUUUUUUUAGAUCCGACAUUCGUAUUUUUUUCUAAUUACUUCUUAUUAGACGAAAAAAUUGAAAUGGAUGAGCGUAUAAAAAAAGAACUUAACGGCAAAAAGCCAUCUGAGGUCCAGGAUCUCCUUCUUGACAAUUGCAAAGCAACUAGCAUUAGCGGUUUGACCGAUGAGUUUACACAAUUGACAACACUUUCUUUGAUUAAUGUUGGACUGAACUCGCUUGAUGGUUUGCCUAAGCUUCCAGCUCUACGUACAAUCGAUCUCAGUGACAAUAAAUUGACUGGCGGGUUGGAAAAACUUGCGCAGAACUGUCCGCGUCUUUAUCAUCUAAAUUUGUGUGCUAACAAAAUUGAAGCAAUCAAAACACUUGAGCCACUUAAGGAACUUACAGAAUUGACAGCGUUAGAUUUAUUUGAUUGUAGUGUAACGGAGCUUCCACAGUACCGAAAGGAUGUGUUCACUCUGUUGCCACAAAUUAGAUAUUUGGACGGUUUUGAUGUAAAUGAUGAAGAAGCAGAUCUUUCAGAUGACUUUGGAGGAGCUGAGGAUGCUGGGAUUGGUGUUGAGGAGGGGUCUGAUGAGGAUGAAUUUGACAGUCACGAUGAAGAGGAGCUUGCUUAUUUAAAUUCUUCGAAGGCUGUUCAGGAUGAGGACGAAUCAGAGGAUUAUGUUGAUAAGGCAAAAAUGGCUACGGCUAAUGGAGAGAAGAAAAAUGGCGCUGGUAAUAUUCCAAAGGAAGCAGUUGCCGCUGAAAACAAUAAUAAUGCUAGAAAGCGUAAGCUCGAAGAGGCUUCUGGAGAAAAUGCUGAUGGUGAGCCUAAAACUAAAGUUUGAAGAUUUGAGAAUAAGAAGACUAACGAGGCGGACAAUAAAACACUAAAAACACUCAUUACUACACUCUUUUAAAAGUUUAAUUAAUUCGGAAAAAACUUUUUUGGAUUUCUUUAAAGAACAAUUUAAAAUUAUUUUUUUUAUUACAAAAAUAUUUUUAUAAAAAUAUUUUUGUAAUAAAUGAGUGUUUAUUUGGGGGUAUGUUUUUUUUUUAUUUUUAGAUAUUUUGCACAUUUCCGAUAUUUUUAAAAUUUAAUUCUCAUUUUUUAAUAUAUUUUUCUGUUUUUACAUUGUUAUUUUCUAAAUUGAAGUUACCACUACAUAAACAGACUUAUGCACAAUUUUUUUUAAUUUUUUGUGC